AUGGACUGGCCGCAAGUUUCCUCUAGAUCAAGCUCACUUGCAGUUGGAGAGCAAAUCUGCGCCGUCUUCAUUCCUUUCUUUGCCAUUUUCGAUUUCCUCUUCUCCUCCGUCGGACAAUGUUUCGAUUGCCGCCGCCGCCAAUCGCCUCGGUCUUGUCAACACUCGGAUCUCGCUCGUCUUGCUCGUGAAUCUCGAUUUUCAGUGAAUGAAGUAGAAGCUUUGUAUGAGCUAUUCAAGAAGCUGAGCUGUUCAAUUAUCGAUGACGGCUUGAUCCACAAGGAAGAGCUGCGACUAGCGCUUUUCCAAGCUCCAUAUGGUGAGAACCUGUUUCUUGAUAGGGUUUUUGAUUUGUUCGAUGAGAAGAAGAAUGGGGUUAUUGAGUUUGAGGAAUUUAUACAUGCGUUGAGUGUGUUUCAUCCCUAUGCACCAAUCGAAGAGAAAAUCGACUUUGCAUUUAGGCUCUAUGAUCUAAGACAAACCGGAUUUAUUGAACCAGAAGAGGUGCAUGAAAUGGUGGCUGCUAUAUUGAAGGAAUCUGAUAUGAUGCUGUCCGAUGAACUUCUAACCAUGAUUAUUGACAAAACAUUUGCAGAUGCAGAUUCAGACAAAGACGGCAAAAUAAGCAAGGAGGAAUGGAAGGCGUAUGCGCUUAAGCAUCCCACCUUGUUGAAGAAUAUGACUCUUCCUUACCUUAAGGAUGUGACGACGGCAUUCCCAAGUUUUAUAUUCAACACUGAGGUUGAAGACUGA